AUGGAGUGUGCAUCUUUACGCAUAAAAUUGUUUCAUUUGUAUUCUAAAUGUAUAUACACUCAUAGGAGAUUAAUUGAAACGUGUAGAAAUCCCAUAAAUGAUUGUUAUAGGUCGCUGCAAAGUGACGAUGAGUUGACCAAGUCACUGAUCGAUAUAUCUAUAUCAAAUGGUAGUAGUAAGAAACAGUCUAAACUUAAUAGUUGUGCUUAUAGCGAUAGAAAAUCUGUAUCUAAUGCUGAGUUUAUUGAAUAUAAUACGAAAGACCUGUGGCUUGAUUACGAAAGUUUCAAAAAAAAUCCAAGAUACCAAGAUUUGACCCACGAAGAAUACACGCAGAUAUCGGAAUUAAGGGAAAGACAGAGGUACAACGAAUUUAAGCGCCAACACAACAUUAAAAAUUUGGCUACAAAUCCCAUCUACCAAGGCAAACUCUUGUUAAGGGAGAUAAAGAAAUCAAGAAAUGGUACCGAUCUAUGUGUUAAUGAGGAAAAUCAGGAUGACUGUUUUAACCAGAAAAAUAGUGAUAAAACAAUGCUCUAUGAAAUUGUAUCUAGGAUUAGGGCCAAGGUUAGAGCGGAAAAACUGACUAAUAGCAAAAUUGCCAAGGCAACAAUUCCAUCAGUAGACGGGGUAGUGCUAGAUCAAAUAAAGGCACAUGUUGAAAUGAGACGUGUUCGUAUAUCUUCAAUGUUGGGAACACAUAUUGAACAUAUUAUAACCAAUAGCAGCCCUACAAUUGUAAGGGAUAUUUUAAAAGGUGCUUCGAUAUCUAUUCACCACGUAAAAAUGACCUCAUCAAAAUCAACUUGUAAAGUAUUUUACACAAUUCUAUCAGAACACGAUUCCAGUGAAAUCCAAAAAAGUUUGGAUAACAAUGCCUGGAAGAUUAGAUUUUUUAUCGCAAAAAAAUUACAGCUUGGAUACACUCCGCCCAUAAAAUUCAUCAAUCAAUCACCGUCACUAUUAAAAAACAUUCCAAAUUUGUAUCGCAAUGUUGUACCGCCUUAUGUUUCCUCAAUCGAAAAACCUCUACGUACACAAUCGCUAAUCAAUCCUACAUCUAGUGUUACAAACACAAGCACAUCUGAUGACAGUGAUAUUGUAGAUAAUAAAGAAGAUGAAUUGAUAAAAGCUGAUGUAAAUAAAAUACUAGAUAGCAACGAGAAGAUUAAAUCGCACAUAAAGGCCUGGAAGCGCACGAUUUCUGGGUUUGGUUAG